GACUAUUAAUGUGCAGAUGACUACCGGCGUGUUUGCGAGACAAAGUUGGCUGUCACAAGUUUUGAUCUGACCAACCAAUCAGAGGAGAAGAAAAUAAAUCCAAUUAUUCAAUAAGUGGAUGAAUAAAUGAAUUUUAAUAAACAUUUUUACGCGGGGGAAAGGGCUAAAUUAAUCUAACGAAUAUUCUAAGACUCUCGAUAAGGAAGAAAUAAUAUAUGUUCGGCGGGCUGGAUUAAAGGCCAUACAUUGCUGUAUAUACCAAUCAGCUAUCAAUGUAUGGUGCACUUUUUUCUCGUAAGACAUUCAAACUUCCAGUCUUGAUAUAAGUAAGACAUUUCGAGAGAGAAAAAAAGUUAACCGGAAUCUGUUUUCGUAUUUACAAGUGCAUAUUUGGAAAAUAAAGAAAAAAAAAACACUGAUGGGAAACACUAUCCUCGAUCACCAGUCACCGCUUCCGGUGCUGCCGCCACCUCUUUGUCUCGCUCUGGUCCGACACCACUAGUUGUCGUGUUUUUUCUCUUUCCUUUCACUUUUGAGGAUAUAUUUGCAUAUAUAUCCACAUUUUUCUGUUAUUGAAUGACAGUCGACUCGGAAAUAUUUAUGCCUAAAAGUAAAGCGCCGAAAAUGGAUGACUUGGACUACAUCCCAGUAGACCUCAGCCCAGAGGAGCGCUCAGAGCUGGAGGACAUCCGCAGGAGGAAGGGGAUCCUGCUGCAGGAGAUCCAGAGGCUCCGCGAGGAACUCAGGGAGGCCAUUUUGGAGGUGGAGGGCCUGGAAGCCAGCACAGAGGGAAGUAAAACCCUUCAGAAAAAUAGGCACGUUGCAAUGGGAAGGAAGAAGUUCAACAUGGAUCCUAAAAAGGGCAUUGUGUUUCUCGUGGAGAACGAGCUGCUCAGACACACUCCGGAAGACAUCGCUCAGUUCCUCUACAAAGGAGAGGGCCUCAACAAGACGGCGAUAGGCGAUUACCUCGGAGAAAGGGACGACUUCAACAUCAAAGUCCUCCAGGCUUUCGUUGACCUGCACGAGUUCACAGAUCUCAACCUCGUCCAGGCCCUCAGACAAUUUUUGUGGAGUUUCCGUCUGCCCGGUGAGGCCCAGAAGAUUGACAGAAUGAUGGAGGCCUUUGCUCAGCGAUACUGUCGCUGUAACCCCGGCGUCUUCCAGAGCACUGACACAUGUUACGUGCUGUCAUUCGCCAUCAUCAUGCUCAACACCAGCCUGCACAACCCCAACGUGAGGGACAAACCGGGCAUGGACCGCUUCAUCUCCAUGAACCGAGGCAUCAACGACGGAGGGGACCUGCCCGAGGACCUCCUGCGAAACCUUUAUGAAAGUAUUAAAAAUGAGCCCUUCAAGAUCCCAGAGGAUGACGGCAACGACCUCACACACACCUUCUUUAACCCCGACAGAGAGGGCUGGCUGCUCAAACUCGGAGGGGGACGAGUGAAAACCUGGAAAAGGCGAUGGUUCAUCCUCACAGACAACUGCCUGUACUACUUUGAAUAUACAACAGACAAAGAACCUCGAGGCAUCAUCCCCUUGGAGAACCUUAGCAUCCGCGAAGUGGAGGACCCACGCAAACCGAACUGCUUCGAAUUGUACAUCCCCAACAACCGCGGUCAGCUGAUCAAGGCCUGCAAGACAGAGGCGGACGGCCGGGUGGUGGAGGGAAACCACAUGGUGUACCGCAUCUCCGCCCCCACGCCCGAGGAGAAGGACGAGUGGAUCCACAGCAUCAAAUCUGCGGUCAGCGUGGACCCUUUCUACGAAAUGCUCGCCGCCAGAAAGAAACGUAUAUCGCUGAAGAAGAAAGAAGAGCAACCCUAGAGUAUUACCUCCGUCCUCUGUCCUCCUCCUACCCUCAUCUCCCUCCCUCCCUCCACAAACAUUAGAGCACCAUUACAUCAACGGGUGAGGAACACCAUGCUGUCCUAAAAACACCUCGGAGGAACUGUUAUAAAAAGCCCCAGUACAUCUAAGCCACAAAAUGCUCAUCAUAUGCAGUGUUCCCCCAAGUAUGCACAAUUCUUUGGGCACCUAUCCUGUUUUUUUGUUCUUUCUGAAACGCCAAAGCCAUGUUUGCAAUUAAAGUAGUGCUUUGGUGCCAUUUUGUGGCAUCCUGGUGCCAAGAAACUAUGUUGAACUCUGGUAAGGAGCUUCUAUUAGACAGGGCAUCGGCCUAAAGUAGUGCUUUGUCGCGAUAUUGUGGUCUCUCUCUCUCUCUCUCUCUCUCUCUCUCUCUCUCUCUCUCUCUCUCUCUCUCUCUCUCUCUCUCUCUCUCUCUCUCUCUCUCUAUAUAUAUAUAUAUGUAAUUGUAAUGCUUUUCGGGACGAAGUACGUAAGGUUUUUUAAUUGCCCAGUGCCUUUCUAAUAGAAGUCCCCCCCUCACUUCAAAGUCCUGCCUUGAAUAGAGAAAAUCCGAAUCAUCAUUAUUUGACAAGUAUGUCAAAAACACACAAGGAAUGUGUUUCCGGUAGUUGGAGGCGCUCUAGUACGACAAGAGACAGUCAAUUGACAGAGAAUACCUUUGAGACAUAAAAACACAGUCACUGAUAAAUACAAGUUUACCAGUAAUGUGGUAAUGCCGAUUCAUUUAUUUAUUUGUUUUGACAAUUGUGCAAAAUCAGUGAAUAACUGACACAGGGGUAAUGCAACAAAAUGAUACCAAAGCACUACUUUUCUGUAAGAUGGGGCUUUGGCAUUUCUAAUAGAAGAUUCUCCCCUAACGUCAAGAUACAGCCUUAAUUUGAGAACAUUCACGAGUAAUUGACCCCCACAAAGGUUUUCAAGUUGCCUGUAGAUGCCAAAAGAUGGUGGCAAAUCACUACUUAUGAAGCUCCUCAACUCAAGUCUACAUAGUUCCUUAUCAACAAGAUAAGUGCCAAAGCACUAGGUAUGCAAGUCGCGAAUAUGCAAGGUAACCCUGUAGUUUCCUGAGACCGAGAUGGUGCCAGAGCACUACUUUUCUGUAAGACAGGGCUUUAGGAUGUUUCAGAAAGAGCACCAAACAGGGAAUAGAUGAGUUUUUCCUGUGAAUAACGGACCAGAGGUAAAGAAAAAAAGGUGAAUUCACAAGUAGUGAAUCGCGAAUAGGCAGGGGAACACUACACUAUAACAACAAGCCCACCACCUGCAUUACAUCAUUCCACCAGCCUACAAUAUUGACAAUUAAAUGAAGAUGUGACAUUUUGACUUCCUCAACCGGCCUCCCGUCAAAGGCAGCUCAUUACUAUGUAAGACUUUUUUUUUUUUUUUUGUAAAUAGAUGUUAGCUUAUUUGUUUAUAGCACACAUGUAGAGACCAUUUAAUUUAUUGUUCCUUUUUUGUACGAGCUACUGUAUGAGUGCAUGUCGACUGACGCUAGAACAAGUCGAGAAGUCUUUAGUGUGUUCCUCGUUGCCUAGAAAAAGAGCCACGAGGACAUUUUUUUUGUGUUUUUCCUGGUGAAGCACAAGCGUCCAUUAGAUUAUAAGCCACUUGUCUUUAUUUUUCUUCAUUCCUUUGCUUCCCAGUGUCCAAGAAACAGAAUAUAUCUGCCGAUGAAUUCAGAUAUUCGGUGUCCUUGUUUUCGAUGAUUCGACUUUGACGCAUAUUGAUUUUUGUAGAUGGUAGGAGAACUAGAGCUACGUUACUUGUUUUACUGCACUUUAUCGGUUGUUGCGACAGACGCGCAUCAGUGAAUUGACUCACCAAGAAGUGUUUAGAGCAGGGUUGGGGAACCUACAGCCGGUAGGCCAUAAGCCCCCCACCCCACCCACCGCCAAAACUGGGAACUGUUAUAAAAAAAAUAAUAAUAAUAAUGUUUUAUUUUAAUGGCCCUCAGAGGACUUAAAAAAACACUUCCCCAUUGUGCGUUUUGUUUUAAAAUGCCAUCACCUGCUCAGUUUAAAUUUUAGAAGUUCAAGACCUCCAUACUCUAUUGUGGUUCUUAUUCAAAGUAUUUUAGUUGUUGAUUUAAAAAGUAGCAUGAAGCUGAAUGAUGACGCUGAUCGUAUUUGGGCCUCUUCAGAUGUGGCGGACGAACAAAUAGUUUGUGAGUGGCCUUUACGUUACUUGUUUCUUUCCCAAAGCUUACAAAGGCCUGGCCUUCUGCCAGUCUCGUUUGUCCUCCUGUGUGUUUUGCCUGCGGGCCUCCUCCAACCUUCUGGGAAUUCUUGAAGUGCAAAGUUGCCAAAAAUAAAAAAAGUCAGCAAAAUGUUACAAACAGUGCACAGCGAAACUCUUUUGUUUCUGAGCCACCUCUUUCUGAAAAUGUCUUUUUUCUAUUUAUUUAUUUACUUAAUGGUGAGGUGAAAACUGCGCUAGAUAUGAUGUAAAUGUAGCAAUGGUGCGAAACACACACACACACACACACACACACCGGUGCCAGUAAACUGCUGUGUAAAAAUAAAAAGGUGAUGAUUGACUGUU